GUGUGUUGUUGUAAAUGUUGUUUGAUGUGUGUGAUGUAGAUCAUCUUCCUCUCAGACUGAGUGGAGGGAAGGGUUUGUGUUCGGGGAGACUGGAGGUUUAUCAUAACUCUGUGUGGGGUUCAGUCUGUGAUGAUCUGUGGGACAUCAGAGAUGCUCAGGUGGUCUGCAGGCAGCUGGGUUGUGGAGCAGCAUUGAGUGCUGAUGGGAAUGAAGCGUUUGGUGCUGGUGAAGGUGUUGUGUGGAUGAACAGAGUCGAGUGCAGAGGGACUGAGAUUCACCUGUGGGACUGUCCUCAUGUCCUGAAAAAACAAACUGACUGCUCACACAAAGAACAAGUUAAACUCAUCUGUGCAAACUUGUCGGUGUCUACAACUCCUGCCACAACAACAUCAGCUUCUCCUUCAGUUUCUCAGACAAAAAGGAGAUCAGUGCCUCCUCCACAAACUCCUCCUCUCUUCAAUCCUCCAGUGGUUGUGAUUGUACUGGGAGUUUUGCUCUCACUGCUCUUAGUGCCGCUGCUGAUACUGAUUCAACACAACAGAGAGAUGAGGAGAGGUACAGAGAUCCACACAUCACAUACAAGUACACAUCUGACAUAUUGAACUACAUCAGACAUCAACAUCAAUCUUACUACAGACUUGUUCAGUGUAUCAU